GUCAAUGAUGCCUGACAUGCUCCUGCACGAGAACCAUCACGUGGUGCGGCCCGUGAUCCGCGCGAUGGACAACUUGGCCUGUACGUCGUCCGCGUACAGCGGGGCGCUAAUCGAGGCCGGGGUGCUAGAUCCGCUGGUGGAGACGUUGGGCCACGACAGCUCCAAGGUGCGAGGCGGCGCUCUUCGGCUGCUUUCGUGCAUCGCGGCCGGGUCUGCCGAACAAGUUGAUGCCGUGGUGUCGACUGCUGACAUCAUUCCAAGUGUGAUGGUGGAGCUAGAGGAGGGCAACGCUCUGUGCAAGCGGGAGGCGGCUUGGGUGUUUCUUAACAUGUGCGAGUGCAGCGGUGAUCCGCGGGCGACGAUAAUACCCGAAAUCGUUGGGCACGGAGUGAUCGCGGCGGUCUGCGAGAACCUUAGCAGCGAUUCCGACGCAGGCAAGGCCAGCCGGGAGCCGGUGGAUGCCUCCGCCAAACGCUUACCCUGCACACCGCCGUCGACCCCUCCUCGCAACCCCGCAGAGACUCUCCUGGUGAUGCUGUCCCUGCUCUACACGAUACUCGACGAGGGCGGGCUUGGAUCAACCCUUACGUUGUCGGAGUACACCACCCUUGUAGAGGAGGCCCAGGGGUUCGACAAGAUCAUCAGCCUCGCAAACGACCACGACGACAUGGAGAUCUACGACAAGGCAAUGGACAUCAUCCAGGCGUUCCACGACAGCCAACAAGAUGAAGACGACGACGACGAUGAGUUGGUCUUUGGUGUGGCCCACGCCACAGUCGCCGCCGCCGCCGCCGCCGCCACGCGCGCAUGCGCUGUUAGCUCCGAUCAUGAUAAUAGCAGCGACAUGAUGUCCGACGACUCGCUUUCGGACGACAGCUUUCACAGAGAGCUCGCGGGCGCCGCCUCCGGCCCGAUCACCCCGCCGCCGGCGGCCCAGCGCCGUCCCUCCGAAGCGUCACCAAUUGCGUCGCCGACGGCGGAGCAGGAGGAGGAGCAGCAACCCGGGUGCAAUUUCAAGAGUGAAACAAAAUCCUCGAGGCAACCGCUAGGGACCGUCCGGCAGCAGCACCUACUCGCCACCGGGAGUAGUUCGGCGCUUGCUCCCCCUCUCACCGGCGGCGUUGCUGCGGGGGGCAGGAAGAGGACGGCUGCUGUUCGUGGGUGCGAGGUCGGCGACAUGGAGUAGGGAUGUCCACCCCGAGAAUGAACGCUCCUCUUUUUUUUUUGCGCCACCGGAGGUAAUUUGGUGCUUUCUCCUCUUGGCGGCGGCGGUGGGGGGAAGGGGGGAGGGGGGGUGUACUCAUAGUCGUGCAUGCCGUAGUCGUUAGACCAUUGACCUCGCAUCCCUACAAAGCCGGGACGGAGCACGCCGGGUUCUCACCGGACCAGGCUCUCACAUCACCAAGCGCGAAGCGCCGUGAGAUAUUCGGCGAGUCGCAUGAAGGGUGCGCUGCAUCCUGCUAAGGGUGUUCGGCAUCUUGUUCUUACUUCCUUGCGUACGGAUGGCGGCUGCGUAUGACUUAAUUUAUUUUCUGGUGCUUUCACUUCCAGAGACAGUUGUUAGCACUGCGUAACUGCCUCUAGGGUGCUUGACCAUUUAACAUAACGUGGUGCGAUCAUCCCCCUUGCGCGGAGUGAGGGUUCUCGACCCCGCACAACAUGAUCUACUCGACCACCAGUAUGGUUACCACCAAAAAAACAGAGGGAAAACAAACAAAACGGUAACCUGAUUGCCGAGCUCACGAAGUGAAUUGGCUUGUUUCACAACGUCGUUGCCAAGCGACGAAAACCCAACUCCGAAGGGGGGGGACUCCGUGGCGAUGUUGAUGCGGGGGGCGGGAAGAGGGCGGUUGUUGUUCGCGGAUGUUAUGUCGGCGGUGUUGAGCACCGGGGUAUAUCCCCCAGCACGUAUGCAUUUUUUUUUUUUGCGACAAGGGACAACUUUGGUCGUUAGGUGGCAACCGAGCGAUUUGUACCUAGCACUGUUGGCUGACUGCUUUUUGGUGUAUUUUUGGGGUGGUGCAGAACGCGCAACCACCAACGACCCCUUUUUUUGUGCCCAGGGCUCGAUCCUUUUUUCCCUACGUGGGGAAACCAAGCCUCUUGUAAAGCUAGACGUGGGCAGGAGGUGUGUAUGUUGCCCGCGCGCAUAGGUUGCACGGCAGUAGUAAUUGAUAGUGCGGUUUAGUAUUUGAUAGUGCGGUAUGGUUAUCAAGGAUGAAGGUACUCCAAGUGAACCGUGUGUACCACGUUUUCUUGUUAUUUUCAUUGACGGUGCGGUGCGGUAUGGCACGGUGCGGUGCGGGCGAAAAUGGCACACCAGACGACACAGGGUCGGCGUUAUUUUGUGGGCUCACUGCGCUUCUUUCUUUUGUUUGUCUCGAAAAGUUAUAACUCUUACGGGCUGGCUUCCGAGUGUUUAUUUCAAAGCGUGGUUUUUGAUGUUGUGCGUCUUGGAGCCGUAGUUUGGAACUAGGUGCUCAAACCCGGCAUCGUUUUUUGUUUGCCACGUUUGUGUCUGGUAGUACUUAAUUAAGGCCUGCCGGCGAUGUCCGGUGAAUGAAUAGUUUGUGUUGAGCCCGUUCCCUCGUCAUGUUUUGCGUCGAAUGUUUUGUUUCGCGUGGUUGAUUACUUGCCGUACCUCUUGGUGUUUUCGUUGUCGGCUGGCUGCCGCCCUCUUGUUGCCAGAACCAAGCGGUUUCCUCGCUUUGUUGUCGUAUUCGAUUUUUGGGCUUGCUUGUGUUUUUUCGUCUCCGCGUGUACAGUUUCAGAUACACCGUUGCGUAUCCCUUGUAUUAUGUUUGUUCCUUCUCUAGGCAAUAAUGCUUGUGAGUGUGAGGCGUUUUACGUUCUUGCCUCCUGUCUCUCCGUCGCGGAAACAAUUCCGUUUAGGUCAUGGUGAUGACAGAGGCGCCGCACCAAUGGAGGCACCAGGCCUCGUGGGCAUCCAGUGACGCUUGACCCCAUUGCUCAUUUCCGUUCUUUCUUCAGGCACACUACUCAUGUUUUUAGUUCAGAUGGGUGGGCUCAUCGAGCAGCACAACAAGUGUUGGCGUUUAGGUCUCUCAGUUUUCUCUCUUUUAGGGUAAUAUCGGCAGUCAUUUUGACGUGUUUUGUUCGCGUGGCUGCUCGCCGCCGCUGCCUGCUGCCCAGUCUCGGUCGCGCUGAGAGAGACGAAAGGUUGUCAUGGCGGGAUUGGGCACGGCCAAUAGCACAGUUUCACAGGAGAUCGCCUUGCCUUGCGAAACGGUAACGUGCAAAGGGCGUUGUGUCUUUGUUAGUAGCAUCGACUGUUGACCAAUGAAAAAACGUCAGUCCCAGUGCGGUUGACCACAGGGUGUCGUAUGCCAUCAGUUUUUUUGCGUGCGCCAUUUCGUCCCGGUGCGAGCCCGAUCUGUUGCUUCCACUGUGGCGGUGGAAGUGUGCCAUCUGUUUCGUUUUGCGUGCCUUUGCUCGUGUUAACCUUGUUCUGAUGUGUUGACCCUUUUUUGCGAUUGCCAUCCGUUGUAUUAUGCGUGCCCUUGUCCUGGUGCCAAGCUUGUCCUGAUAUGUUGAUUCCGUUGUGGCGAAAGUGCCAUCGGUUUUACUAUGCGCCUCUUUGCCCAGGUGUCAACCGUGUUCUGAUCUGUUGAUUCCUUCGUGCUAAAAGUGCCAUCGGUUUUGCUAUGCGCCUGUUUUGCCCUGGUGCUAAGCUUCUUGUCCUGUUAUGUUGAUUCAUUGGUGGUAAGAAGUGCCGUCUGUUACUAUGUGUCUCUUUGUCCUGGCGUGUUGCCCUUGCUCUGAUCUGCUAAAUCCUUUUUUUGGUGAGAGUACCAUCCGUUAUAUUUUGCGUAACUUUGCUCCGGUGUCAACCGUGUUUUGAUCUGUUGAUUCCCUUUGGGGCGGAAGUGGCAUAUGUUUUACUAUGCGUCCCUUUGCCCUGGCGUUGUUGGUUCAAGUAUAUGCGGCGUGCAGAUCACCACCUGUUUGUUUGCGAGAACAGCGUACUGUACAUGAGUCUACAUGUAAACGAGCGAGGAAUGCAUGACGUGUUCUCGAGUGGUGGGCUACCUUCACUUUUCCAUUGAUUUUUUAUUUAAAUGUGGAGCAGAGGCAACACGAAGCCGGAUAUUGAGGUGCAAAGUGAUGUGUAAAGUAGUACCGCUUCUCCUCGGUUGUAGCAUGCGUUUCCGUCAUGCUGAGGACGUGAGCUCUCAUGUUUGCCCCCAGGCUCUACCACAUGCGACAGCAGUCGGCUUGAGGACCGGGAGUUGGCUUUUUUUUUCUGGAAAGCGGGGCGUGUGUGAUGUAGAGUAGGGCAGAAUCGUGAGAAGAAAGCCGAAAGGUUGGAGAUUACCUGUACGCUAGAAUAGGAGGGAGUAACUCAUUGCACGGUGUCGGGAGGAAUCGCAUGCUCGAAUAGUCUAAUCCUGAGGAUAGCAACAACGGAACAUCCUUUCCCUUGUCUAGACAUUCUACCGCAGUCCCAUCCUGG